UCAACACGCGAGUGAGUCUCUCGCUUUUCAUCCCUCCCUCUCUCUCCUUCUUUCUCUCAGUCUUUUCUUUUUUUUAUAUAAUCAUGUCGUGACGCAAGUGUGAUGCCCAGGCUGAGGUCGGGAUGCCAGGCAGAGGCUCGGGGCAUGUUGGCACUGUGCCUGGCUCGCACCUUCCCGUGGCACCCCGAGCCAGUGUGCCCUUCGUGGCAUGGGCGAGUUCACGUCUCUUGUGCCUACUUACCUCGUUUAUUCCUUAUGGAGCUAGUGUUGAAGAUCACUAGUCCAAUAGUCAUUUGAAAUGAAGAGAAAGUGUUCAUCCAAAUCUUGCAAGAUGUCAUAUACUUCAUGCUAAGUGUUUAGAAAAAAUAAAGGGAAAACAAAACAAAAGAAAUACUAGUGAAAAGUGAUUGUUGUUAUUGUGAGUGUUGAAAAAAUGUGUGCCAUGCGGAAUAACAAGAGAAACUCACUUCCCUCGCUGAGCAUGAACAAGUUCUUUGUGAACAAACGUGCUUCUAUGUUUGAGAAACCUGAGGAACCUACACCCAGAGAAAAGAAAGAAUGGAGUCCUUUUGGCCUUGUAGAGACAUCUCAGCGGAAGAUGGAAG